CAUGUUCUUGUCCGAUAUGUCAGGAAGAGAACCUUUAUACAGGAAAGCAUAUGUAUACUUCAGUCACCCAAUACCUAAGGACCUGGUUGCGCGCAUCAAGAAUGACACAAGUGUCAUACCCCGUAUAGGUGCACUAGGAGAGAUGAAUUUUGAGUACUUUCCAAUAGACAGCCAGGGAUUUGUCACUGACCAUGAAAGAGCACUUGGAGAGUUGUUUGGUGAAAGUGCUCAAAAUUCCCGGCGUGCUGAAGCGUCCUUGAAUGUAAUGGCCUCAAGAAUUUCCACUGUCUUUGCUUCACUGAAGGAAUUUCCUUUUGUGCGUUAUAGAGCUUCCAAGGGACAAGAUGGAUCAACAGCGACAAAUUUCCGUGAAUUAGUUGCUGGAAAGCUUGCUACAGCCAUAUGGAACAAUAUCACUACGUAUAAGUCUAGUAUUCCUAACUAUCCACAGAAGGAGACAUGUGAAUUAUUGAUUCUGGACAGAUCUGUUGACCAGAUUGCUCCUGUGAUUCAUGAAUGGACAUAUGAUGCCAUGUGCCAUGACCUGCUUGAUAUGGAUGGAAAUAAAUAUGUACAUGAGGUUCCUAGCAAAACAGGUGGUUCACCUGAGAAGAAGGAAGUUCUUUUGGAAGAUCAGGAUCCUGUCUGGUUGGAGCUACGGCAUACUCAUAUAGCUGAUGCUAGUGAACGACUCCAUGAUAGGUUUACAAACUUUGUUUCUAAGAACAAGGCAGCACAGAUGGAGCAGAGAGAUGGAAGUGAAUUAUCUACACGGGACUUGCAGAAGAUGGUUCAAGCAUUGCCACAGUAUAAUGAACAAAAGGAGAGACUAUCUACCCAUGUCGAGAUUGCUGGUGAGCUUAAUAAAAUUAUCCGAGAUACGGGUCUUCGGGAACUUGGACAGCUAGAACAGGAUCUUGUCUUUGGCGAUGCAGGAACAAAGGAAGUUAUCCAUUAUCUGAGGUCGAAGCAGGAUACUUCAGGUGAAAAUAAGUUACGCCUGAUGAUGAUUUAUGCAUCUGUGUAUCCAGAAAAAUUUGAGGGCGACAAAGCAGCGAAAUUGAUGCAGUUAGCAAAACUGUCACCUGAGGAUAUGAAGGCUGUGAAAAAUAUGAGAAUGCUAGAGGGUUCAGAAAAACGGAAGCCAAGUGGAAGCUUCUCCCUGAAGUUUGAUUCGCAAAAGAAAGGGAAUGCAGCUAGAAAGGAUCGAACUGGAGAGGAAGAAACAUGGCAGCUAUUCCGGUUUUAUCCCGUGAUAGAGGAGUUGGUUGACAAAAUGUGUAAAGGUGACUUGUCAAAAGAUGAUUAUCAGUGCAUGAACAGUUCUCAAACUGCUCCUCGUGGGGUCAAUGGAUCUUCUGCAAGGAAUGUCCCACCAAAGGCCACUACUGAAUCUACUAAUCCACGCUCAGUGAGAUCAAGGAGGACUCCAAAUUGGGCACGUUCUCGUACUUCUGAUGAUGGAUAUUCAAGUGACUCUAAUCUCAGAAGUUUUUCAACUGAUUUUAAGAACAUGGGACAACGGAUUUUUGUUUUCAUUAUCGGUGGUGCAACUCGAUCUGAGCUUAGGGUUUGUCACAAGCUUACAGCAAAGCUAAGGAGGGAAGUGGUCCUUGGUACAACUAGUCUAGAUGAUCCACCUCAAUACAUCACGAAACUGAAACUGCUAUCAGAGAAAGAGAUUGCAGUAGAUCCUGGCCUCGGAAUUUAAUGUAGUAUUUGGGAUUUGUAGAGUACCUUUUUUCGUUGACACCCAGAAGUGCAGGAUGCACAUGGCAGUUGCUUAGUUUCUGGUGCUUCUUUUAUUGUUUUCACGAGAAGAAUUUGAUUCACUGCAAAGGCAUAUAUCAAUUUUAAAGAAGGCUUCAUGCUACUGGAGUCUGGAUUUACACAUGGCAGUUGGUUGACUGCUUUUAUACUAAUCUGCAGCUUAGGUAGAAACUAUCUAUAAAAGAAGAUAUUAAAGAAACUUCCUUCCAACAUUCAUGAGGCUGUGAAGGAGUUUGAGUACAAGUUUGCUUUUUGUUUUAAACUUCAAACACUAAGCAGGAUUACAGUCUUGAAUUUUUGUAAUUGUAUUAAAUAUAGUUGGCCAAGUUUAUCUUAAAAGAAGAAAGAUUGUUU